AUGGCCUGGCAGCAAAGACAUACACCUUCCGGCAAGGUUCAAUGGCAAUGUAAUCAGGAUGGCACCCAAAAUGCCAUUAUUUCUGCAUCUCAAGUCAGCUCCAGCCAGCUCAAGGAAUACCUGGACACGAAUUAUCCGGGACAGUACUCAGUACAGCUGAAACGGGAUAAAUUCCGAAUCACAGUCGGGUCACGCGUCCGCUAG